UUGCUGUUGGAUGCCUUUCCAGGUGAUAGUUCUCUACUCUCAGUUUGGACACUCUAGUAGUAUGAGUGGUGAGCUUCCCAAGUGGUUCCCUGCUGUCACCUAUUUCGCUACUUACUUCGCCUAUUCUAACAGCGCUUUAAAUCCCAUCAUCUACGGUGGUUUUUGCACCAACUUUCGACAAGGAUUGUGUGCUGUGCUCCUAUGUAAGGGUUCGGAACCUUCACUGCGGAGACCGGUAGGAUCACAAAAGUCAAGGUCCACAGUGACGUCAGCAGUGGCACUUGGGUCAUUUCAUAGAAGGAGAUUUGCUGGCACGUCCAGACGAGGCCAAAUGAAGUUCUGUACCUCUACAGACAUGAAACUUCAAAACCUGACUAAUAAGGGAAACCCAGUACCCAGACACUCCAUUCGAAAGAAUAUAGAGGGUCAGGAAACAACAGUCGAAAUUUUACCAAAAAAUGCGAUAACUAGUAAAAUCGAUAUGUUAUAAGUACAGAGCA